AUGGGAUCGUCGCCCGUGCAUCUCGUCGUGCUCUGCCACGGCCUCUGGGGUGAGCCAAAGCACCUCGAGGUGCUGGCCAUGAUGCUGGCUCGCAGCUACGGCUCCCUGGCCAGCAUCUCCGACGGCGUCGAAGGUCGAGCAAAGGGCGAGCAGAGCAAAGAUGGCGGCAACGGAGCGGCAAGCAUCAAGAGCGGCGUCUCGGGCAACAGCCUCCAGGGCACUCUGACCCAGGAGCAGCUCGAGACGAUCCUGGACGAGUACCUGACCACGAGAGAGCGGAAAUCGACCGGGACAGGGGCCGCCGAGCAAGAGGAGGAAGUCGUCAUCCUCAACAGCCAGACCAACAAGGGGUCGCACACGUACGACGGUAUCGAUUGGCUCGGCGAGCGCACCGUCCAGGAGAUCUAUUCCGAGGAAAAGUGGCUCGAGUCGCAGGAUAAGCACGUUGCCAAGCUGAGCAUCAUCGGCUAUUCGCUCGGCGGCCUCGUGGCGCGCUACGUCGUCGCCCUUCUAGAUGCCAAAGGCUUCUUCGACAAGGUACAGCCUCGCCACUUUGCGAGCUUUGCAUCCCCGCACUGCGGCGUACCACCAGCCAACGGGUCUUUUGGAAGACUGGCCAACUUCAUUGGAGGCCGGCUGCUGAGCCGCACAGGCGAGCAACUCUACCUCCUCGACUCGGGCUGGGAGUCAACAAAGGACAUCGAGGAGCACAAAGCAGCGCAGCACGGCGCAAAGAAGAAGGACAAGAAGAGGCCCAAGGUGGGGCUCAUCGAGGCCAUGUCUCGGCCCGACUCGUCGUUCUAUCGCGCACUGGCCAAAUUUAAACGGAUCACAUUGUAUGCCAAUGCCGUCAACGAUCUCACGGUUCCCUUUCGCUCAGGCUGUCUCGAGGAGUGGGACCCUUUCAUCGAAUACAAGGAGGCUGUGCAGGUUUCCCAACUUGAUGAUGCACCGCUUCUCACAAAUGUGGCCCUGGCCGAUACGAAAGUUGAUGAGAGGUCAAUGUGGGCGCGUCUGGCCGCCUGGAAGCCCUCGCUGCCCUUCUUUCUCAAUCCCCGCCGUCUGCCCUUCCGAUUUCCCUUCAACUACAUCAUCGUCAUUGCGCUUCCCAUCACGCUGCCAACGUUUCUCCUCCUCCUCAUCUUUCGCUUUGCGCGAGAGUCAGGAAAGAGUCGGAAGCGCAUCCUCGAACUCGACUCUGGAUGGCGGGACGAGGACGAAGAGGAGAGGGCUGGCACGGGCAGGAUUGAUCGGCUGGUCAGGAAUGUCGUCAUGUCUGUGGGAGAAGACCGUGUAGACGAGCAAAGGGACAUUUUCGGCAGCAGCGAUGAUGCAGACGAGGAGGCAGUGAAGCAAGUCACUGCGUCUAGGACUAAUAGCGAUCGGUCGAGGGUGGACUCGACCGUGAUCGCGACUGCCAAAGCGGCGGACCGGACGGGCCUGACAAAGUCUCCUCUAGAGAAGCCAACGGCGAUAGAAGAAGGACGCAAGAGCAAGCAGCCAGCGCUGCACGAGGCACAGAAACGCAUCGUACACAACCUCAACUCGCUUCCUCGUCUUGAAAAGCGAUGGGCCUACUUUAACGAUGUCAUCAACUCGCAUGCCGUCAUCAUUUGCCGCACGCCAGCAAUGGAGCUGCAUCGCAAAGGACUUCCGAUUCUCCGCCAUUUCGUCAGCGAUUUCGACAUGUAG